AUGUUCAGGGGCCGCAAGCGGCGUACGAACGGGCCCUCGCGCACGCGCGACUCCCCGCACCGCCGCGACCCCCCGCUCCGCGCUACGAGUCCCGUCCUUCCGCUGUGUGACUCCCGCACCGUUGCUCGUACAAACUCCCCGCUCCCGCUUGCAACUCCCCGCACCGCGCUGCCGAUCGACUCCCCAGCUCCGCUGCGACUCUCCGCCACCGCGCACCGCAACAACUCCCCGCACCGCUACGACUCCCCGCACCGCUACGACUCCCCGCACCGCUACGAUCCCGCACCGCUCGAUCCCCGCCCCGCCAAGCGGCGUCGAACGGCCUCGCCACACCGCCCGACACCCCGCCCACCCCCACGCGCCUUGCCCGAUCCGCUACGACUCCGCUCCGCUACGACUCCCCAGUCCCGCUACGAUCCCCGCACUCGCUCCGCUACGACUCCCCGCCACUGGCACCGCUACGACUCCCGCACCGCAGCAUUCCCGCACCGCUCUACGCAUCCCCGCACCGCUACGACCUCCCGCAACCGCUACGACUCCCCGCACGGUCCGAAUCCCCCGCACGCUACGACUCCUGCACCGCGCGCCGCUAGACUCCCGCUCCGCUACGACUCUCCGCUCCACUUACGAUCCCCCGCAGCACUACGACUCCCCGCACCGCUACAAUUCCCGUCCCCGCGCAACUCGCCCGAACCCGCACUUCCCCUCCCCGUGACUCCCCCGCGAGAGGGGCGGAGGGACUUGGGGAGUGGCGGGGGGAGGGGGGGAAGGUGGGGGGGGGGGGGGGGGCGAGAGGAGGGGGGGGAGGGGGGGUGGGUAGGUAGGGACGGGGAUGGGGUAGCAGGUGGGGGGAAGGGCGGGUGGGGAACUGCGGGGGGUGGAGGCGGAGGGGGGGAGGGAGGGGCGCGGGGUGGUGGACGGGACGUUGGGGGGUGGGGUGGGUGUUCAGGGGGAAGACGGGAUGGGCGAAACGGGGGGGUGGGGGUGGGCUCGGGGUGGGAGGACGGGGAGGGGAAGAAGCGGCCACAGGGGGCGGAGGGGGUGACGGAGUCUGGGCGGCGAGAGGAGCGCGUAGGAGAGGGGGGGGUGUAG